AUGAAUGUAUUUAAUCAACAGAAAGGAUUCUCGGUUUUCGAAAUCGACCAAGGAGGUAGACCAAAAGACUUUACCUCUUCAAACAACGAAAUGACUCCCCCAAAUCCCAAUAAAACGAUUUCUUUAGACAACAACGCAUUGAGUGAUUACCAAAUCGUUUACAAUUCGAAUUAUCCAUUUACGAUUGACCGGGAAGUUCUCAUAGAAAGUUCAGAAGACACUCGUAGGGCAAAGAAACAAAAAAGGACGGGCAGCAACAAAGCCCCGCGACCUCAAAAUUCGUUUAUGUUAUACCGUAGGAACAUGAGCGCAAAGUUGAAGGCUGAAUCUGCUGAUAAGAAAAUGAAAGCAGCAUUACGUUCAAAAAGUAUUGCCGCCAUGUGGAAAACGGAGACUGAAGAAGUGAAGGCCCUAUUUAACGCUCUUGCCAGGCUCGCAAUGCAAAGACAUAUUGAAGUUUUCGGCGAAGAUUAUAAGUAUCGUCCGGAACCAGCAAAAAGAGGAAACAAAGUAAAGGGCGGAGCAAAAAAUAGGGUCAAAAGAGCCAAAAAUAACGAUGACACUGACACCGAUUUCGCUCAAACAACUGAUUCUGAAUUUACUACUAAUUCAGAACAGUCUUCGCCGGAUACCUCUUUUCUCGAUGAUCCUUGUUUACCCAUCGAAGAUUCUCCACCAACUAAUUUUUUUCCCGAAUUGUCUGAUUGCAUUCUUUAUUUUAAUUUCCUUAAAUAUCAUAAUACCGUUUAUCUGCACACGUUUGAACAACUUCAACAACAUCAACUUAUUUUGAAUCUUCAGCAUAUUCAACAUCAUCAAUAUAUUGCUCAAGAUCAAUAUUUCAACGAAGAACCAACAUUUGAAGAAGACAAUAAUGAGGAUCAAUAUUUUGUCUAUCUUUCAAAAAAAGAUCAAGAUGAUGUCACCAAACAGCCCCUCUCACAACCAGAAGUUCCUUUCUUUGAACUGGAACAAACCAGUCAUCUUCUCUCACAUAAUUCAGGAUUUGAACAACCUGAUUUCAUUACUUAUUAG